AUGUGGAUGAUGCUGAAUAACAAGGUUAAGUUUGGCGGAAACGUGUCAGUGCGAGCUCGGGGCAAGAAGCCACUCAUUUGUUUUGGACAGGAUGAAUGCAUCAUGAAGCAAUACUUGUUUACCGACAAAGCCUGGGUGACACCAGAAGGAAUCCGACCGCUAACGCCAAAGGAUGAAGGGAUGGGAGUGAUGGUGUCGGAAUUUGUCUCCCGCGAGUUUGGCUUUGGGUACCACAAUCCUAAUCUUUCACCAGAACUGAAGCAGACAAGCGGACUUGCGCUAAGUGAACACCAAAGGCAAAUUGUCAACAGUUUCAGAAGGCAACCAGGGAACAACGAGUACAGGGACAAGGAAGCAGCUCAUCAUGUGCAUGGUAGGAACGGAAUCAAGAAAAAGGAUCUUCCCAAAGAUUCUUCCCCAUUUGUUCAGUUGUUUGAAUAUGGAAAAAAUCUGAAAGGGUAUUGGACUUAUGAGUGGAUGGUGAUCCAGUUGGAGGAUUGUAUUGAUGUUUUGCAAGCACUUCAUGGCAAUGAGUAUGAUUACCUUUUUAUGUUUGACCACUCAAACGGACACGACAAGCAAAGGCCUGACGGGCUCAAUGCCAAUGCAAUGAACAAGGGGUACGGAGGAUCGCAGCCAAGAAUGAGGGAGGUCGCGAUUGAGAGUGAAGAUCAGCUUGGGCCUUUCAAUCCUCCAGGAAAGCUCAAAGUUGGAGAGACACAGCACUUAGUUUUCGACCAACCUGACGACGACGGUCCGUGCUGGAUGAAUGAUGAAGAGAAACGGGCAAGCAAAGAAGAUUGUGCCGAAUCCACAAAUGAACAGCCAAUGUUCCGCUAUCAUUUUAAGAAAGGAGAGCUUGCUGAAAAGUUGCAGGCGCUAGGCAAGGCCAUCAAUGGCAACAAAGCAGACCUUCAAAAGCGAUGCACCGACAACGGGAUUGCAAUCUCGGAAAUGCGUAUGAAGAUCAAACAAGGAUGGGAGAAUAAGCCGAAAGGAAUGUUGCAGGUCUUGUGGGAGCGUGGGUUCAUCGAUACAGCUGUGCCAAAGUCUGAACUUUGGAAGAAAUAUCCAGAAAAGGGUCAGAAAGACAACUUGGGGCUUGUAAUGCCAGGAACUGCGUUGAAAGAGAUGGUCGCCGACUUACCUGAUUUUCAAGAUGAAAAGACACUACUACAAUAUCAUGCUGAAGGCAGGAGUACGGCUGGUUGUCAAAUAAUGUUCAUCAGAAGUCCAAAGUGUCAUCCUGAAAUUGCUGGCGAAGGCAUUGAGUAUGAUUGGGCUGGAAUCAAGUCGUAUUAUCGUCGUUCGGACCUAGCAUCCAAGAAAACUCUGGAAGCAUUCAAAGCCUUGGUGAAAGAGAGCAUGGAGUCUGUCCAGUUCAAUCAUCGAGCGUCGUUCUCUGCAAGGGCCAGGGAGUACAUGCUGGCUUAUGAUGUCUUGGAGGAGUGGAACAACUUGCCCGAGGAGUUGAAGAAUGGGGACCCAGAGAAGGAAAAGUUGCCAAAGACUUCGGCGCAGUUUUUGGACAGGAUUGUGAAUUGUAGGCGGAAGAGACAUCGCGAUGUCGGAGCGGAUGAGGGGUGGGUGAAUCUGAUUAUGAAUGCGAUGAAGAAACGAGAAGUAAUUGUAAUAGACUGA